AUGACGAAAGACAAGUGUAUUCUGGUGACGGGUGGAGCUGGGUUUGUUGGAAGUCAUUCGAUCAUUGAGAUUCUGGCUGUUGGAUACAGCGUGGUUGUCAUAGACAACUUCGUCAACUCGUGUUUAGAAAGUAUUAAAAGAGUUGAAAAAAUCUCAGGCAAGACAGUUGACUUCCAUAAAAUUGAUAUCUUGGAUAAAGCAGCUUUACAAGAUCUCUUUUCUAAGUACAAGUUCUAUGCUGUAAUUCAUUUCGCGGGUCUGAAGGCUGUUGGAGAGUCAUGUCAACAUCCUCUGCUGUAUUACAAAAACAAUGUAGAGGGCACUGUUAGUUUAUUGGAAGUGAUGUCCGAAUACGGAGUGUGCAAUAUUAUCUUCUCUAGUUCAGCAACAGUUUACGGUUUACCUCAAUAUUUACCCAUUGACGAAAAGCAUCCUGUGGGAGGGUGUACGAAUCCUUAUGGAAAGACUAAGUUAUUUAUCGAAGAAAUCUUGCUGGACGUGGACAAGACUUCAAAGGAAUGGAAUGUUGUUCUGCUCCGAUAUUUCAACCCAGCCGGGGCCCAUGAGUCUGGCCUGAUUGGUGAAGAUCCCCAAGGAACACCUAACAACCUUAUGCCGUUUGUUUCACAAGUUGCUAUUGGUCGACUUAAUGAACUGCAGGUUUAUGGAAGUGACUAUGAUACACCUGAUGGCACAGGUGUGCGAGACUACAUCCAUGUAGUGGACUUGGCGCAGGGACAUGUGGCAGCUCUGAAAAAACUGGAGGAAAACUGUAGAUUUAAGAUCUACAACCUUGGUACAGGACAGGGCUAUUCAGUUCUUGAUAUGGUAAAGGCAUUUGAAGAAGCUUCUGGUAAAAAGGUCCCUUACAAAAUGGUGGAUAGAAGACCAGGUGAUGUGGCGUCCUGCUAUGCAGACCCGUCUCUAGCCAAGAAAGAACUUGGGUGGACGGCAAAGAAAGGCUUAAAGGAAAUGUGCGAGGAUCUUUGGCGAUGGCAGAUGAUGAAUCCAAAGGGUUUUAAAACGACCAGUGAAAUCUAGAAACAACGAGGUAGAUCUUGGCUUCUUCACUUCAAUGAUAUCAAGAAGAUCUUUACAAAGAAGUCUUCUAAAGGAAUGUAUGUCUUAAAAUUCAGUAUGCAGCAUUGUGAUAUGAAACUCAACAACCAGGGUCCAUUGCUUACUGGUAUAUGUCUUUAAGAGUGAUUUGGUGCUGAAGUCUCGAUUCUUAUUUGUUAUGCAAAUUAUUAUGUAAUUGGAGACAGUUCAUGGGUUGGACAAAUUUCUUGAAUUUUUAAAAUUCAUUUAUUUAUUUUUAAACUUCUUGAGCUUGUAGUUUUUAUUUCACUUGUAGCGAUCGUUAUGGAAGACAAGAUAUAAUUUUUGUUUACUGUUGUCACAGUGCCAACAUUUAUUUAUUUUUAGCUCUAAGAACUAUAAGUAUUAGAUGAACUAAAUUUCAUACUGAAACAAAUCAUGAACAAAAUAACAUCUUUUUGUCUCAUGCACAUAUAGAAUGGAUUAAAUUCUUAUACACCAAAACUGACAAAAUUAAUCCAAAUCGUAACAAAAUUUACAAGACUCUAUGCAGAACGGACCACAAUCAACUUGAACAUAUUUACUGUUUAACAUGUGGGUGUUCGGUGACCCCCAUCUCCUUUUUUAAAAGUUUGGAAAUUUGUCUAAUUAUUGCGCAAAUAUUAGUUUCCAUCUAUCAAUUUCGGUCAGUUUAGUUGAUUUAGGUGUUUAGAUGGAGCAUGCAUAUUUCAGUGUCAACAUUUUGCUUGGCUGUUAGUUAUGCAACACUUUUUUUUUCAUGACGCUUUUUUUUUUUUAUGCGAAGUUCAUACAUAAAUGACAAUCAGAUGUCACUUGUGCCUACGUACAUACCUUAAUAGCAGCUCGGCAGUGCAUUUUUUUUUUUACUGUGUAGAACCAUUACAUUGAUUAUGUAGGUGCUGUUUCCUAGAUCCCAUGUUAUUAAACGACUGGCUACCAUGGACUUAAUUUCACUGUGUGCUGUUUUCAGCUUUUUCUGUAUUAUUAAUCAUCUGUACAGUGUUUCUGGUGUUUCUGCUGUUUGUAAAACAAUUUCCAUACUCUUUGUUUAAAACACAUAUGGUAAUCAUCUGAUGCGUUGCAUACAUUGUAAAUUGGGGGAGGGGCAUUUUAAACCAUUGUGCAACCCUAACCCUGAUCCACACUUUUCAUAACCUACUUC